AUGAGUACCUGCUGUGAGCUUAGCCUGGACCCUGCCUUUAGAGAACCUCUUUUUGAUAACAUGAUGGCUGCCUGUGACCCCCGCCACAGCUGGUACCUCACUGUGGCUGCUGUCUUCCAUGGUCGGAUAUCCAUGAAGGAGGUCAAUGAGCAGAUGCUUAAUGUGCAGAACAAGAACAGCAGCUACUUUGUGGAAUGGAUCCCCAACAACGUCAAGACAGCUGUCUGUGACAUCCCACCUCGUGGCCUCAAGAUGGCAGUCACCUUCAUUGGCAAUAGCUCGGCCAUCCAGGAGCUCUUCAAGCGCAUCUUGGAGCAGUUCACUGCCAUGUUCUGCAGGAAGGCCUUCCUCCACUGGUACACAGGCGAGGGCAUGGACUAGAUGGAGUUCACCGAGGCUGAGAGCAACGUGAACGACCUCGUCUCUGAGUAUCAGCAGUACCAGGAUGCCACCGCAGAAGAGGAGGAGGAUUUUGUUGAGGAGGCCGAAGAUGAGGCCUAUGACAGAGCCCCCAUCACCUCAGGCUUCUCAGUUCCCUUAGCCAUCUUACUCAACUGCCCCUUUCCUCUCCCUCAGAAUUUGUGUUUGCUGCCUCUAUCUUUUUUUUUGUUUUUUUCUUCUGGGGGUGUCUAGAACAGUGCCUGGCACAUAGUAGGCACUCAAUAAAUACUUGUUUGUUGAA